AUGGAGGGCAUCGACCUCUCCGCCCUUAGCGGGGAAGAGCUAGCAGCAGAAUAUGGAGUGGUGGGAGCGAUGGAGAUUUUAGGCUAUGCGAGGAGGACGAGUCACUUUGGUAUUUCGUUUCAGAGAGGUACGGUGGAGGGAUUCAGCUUGCAGGGAUACACUGAUGCGGACUUUGCAAGCAAGGCAGCAGACCGUAGGUCGGUAUCCGGGGGGAUCGUGACGUGUGGAGGAGGCGCUGUGUCUUGGUUUUCCAGAACGCAGAAGUGUGUCACGCUUUCGACCACCGAAGCAGAGUACGUCUCGCUAGGUGACGCAGUGAAGGAGAUUUUGUUUUUGAGGCAGAUUUGGCGUUUCAUGUUGCCGCAGGUCGGCAUGCCGUGCAUCCCCAUCUUCGAGGACAACCAGGGGGCGAUUCAACUAGCGCAGAACCCCAUCUCAAACUCGAACUCGAAGCACAUAGAUGUAAGGCACCAUUUUCUCAGGGAACUGGUAGAGAGGAAGGCAAUUUCGGCCAUCCACGUGCCGUCGCCGUACCAGCGUGCAGACUUUCUUCCGAAGAGUUUGUCAGAGGAUGCUUUCGAGUCUCACCGUGAUUUUGUGAUGAAUUUGGGAUGA